UCUCAGAUGCACGAAUUUCCAGGUACAAAUCAAAGUUCCUGUCAGAACAAGCAGGCGUUCAAGAGAUGCAGAGAUUCAAAGGCAUUUCCAACUGUGUAUGGCAAUCCAACACUCCCCCUCAACUUCUCACAGCAACCUUGCACUUGGACGGGUGAUGAGAAGGCUGCUAUUGUAUGCUGUUGGGGAGGUCCAAGAGGCCACAGUGCAAGCACUAGAAAGAGUGCCAACACACACUUCCCGAGGACACAGGAACCACUGGGCUGGGACACCUUGUGAGUGAGGAAGCUCCUGCCAGAGGACAGUUGGGGACAAGGUCUCCCUGGGUCGCUUUAGCUGGUCUGGAACUAUGCGAGCCACUCGGACUUGGAACUUGUGGACCCUCCUGCCGCUGCCUCCCAGGAAUGUGAUCACCACUACCUCUGGCUUCCUAGGCUUUUGGAAGGACUGCCCUGCUUUGAAUUAGAUACCUUACCUUCAAGACGCUGGGAAUAAUUUCCGUCCACCUCACCCAGGGACCCUACGCUGGCUUUUCUGCCACCACCCAGGGCCUCAGUUUCCUCCUCCAAGGAGACCUGACCGAGGUGGGGGAGAGGGGGGGAGGGACACUUACGGCAGGCUGUCAGCCUCUUAGCCUUUCGGCCUCCCGCUGAGUCUGCCCACCCAACCUUUGCUCUCACCUCCUAGUCACCGGCUCAGGCAUACCAACCCCAUCCCAGGGUGAGUCCAAACAAAGGCCGGUCUCGGGGGACCCGCUCCAGCCGACUCUAAGAUCAGCUUAACUGGGCGGCUGGUGGAGCCUUUGGAGAGAGAGUACGGCCAGAAAUCCGGAGACCUUCGCCGGCCUCUUGAGCUCCCCACAAAAGCUUAUCUUGCACGAUCCCUCUAGACACAGGGGAAGGGGCGUCCUCAGCCACUUCCUUGCUUCCGUAACCCCCCUCCCAUUCUUUUCCCAGGCCGUGGGAUGCAAAGGGUUAAAUCCCAUAGAGCUGAUGUUCUGACUCCAGGCUAGAGGGGCCCGGGAAGCUGGGGUCACUUCCUGCUCCGUCCCAGUCACCCUGAACUGGUCCCCGGGUCCUCAGCCUGGAAUCACCCCUUGAGAAGGACCCCAGAGUUCUCGACAUCCAGCCCGUCCCCCGAGGCAGGGCACUUAGGGGUUAAGUCCCCUGGGGCUGGACUCAGCCUUCCGGCUAUUCCCAGACCCUAGAGCCAGUCCCUGGAACCCUCACAGCCCGGAGCUCUGGGAUGGAGCCUGAGACAGUGCUGUGGGGCCCAGAUCUGCAGGAUCCGGAAGAGAGCCAGAACAAUGCUCACAGAGGUGCCGAAAGUGGGAAUGAAGAGGAGAGCCCUCAGCAGGACAGUUCUGGGGAGGAGGUCAUCUUGGGCGAUCCAGCUCAGAGCCCAGAAUCCAAGGAUCCGCCAGAGUUGACCCUGGGGAGCCCCUCCCAGGAUGCCUCAGCCCCUCAGCAUUCCCCAGCCCCACUGGGUUCUUCCAGCCCCUUAGACCACCAGACCCCUGAGGUAGUCCCUUCCCCAUCCGAGUGGACCAAGGCCUGUGAGACCAACUGGCAGUGGGGAACCCUCACCCCCUGGAACAGCACGCCGGUCGUCACCGCUAGCGAGCCCAGCCUGCGGGAGCUGGUGCAGGGCCGCCCGGCCGGGGCCGAGAAGCCGUACAUCUGCAACGAGUGCGGCAAGAGCUUCAGCCAGUGGUCCAAGCUGCUGCGGCACCAGCGCAUCCACACGGGCGAGCGGCCCAACACGUGCUCCGAGUGCGGCAAGAGCUUCACGCAGAGCUCGCACCUGGUGCAGCACCAGCGCACGCACACGGGCGAGAAGCCCUACAAGUGCCCGGACUGCGGCAAGUGCUUCAGCUGGAGCUCCAACCUGGUGCAGCACCAGCGCACGCACACGGGCGAGAAGCCCUACAAGUGCACCGAGUGCGAGAAGGCCUUCACGCAGAGCACCAACCUCAUCAAGCACCAGCGCUCGCACACCGGCGAGAAGCCCUACAAGUGCGGCGAGUGCCGGCGCGCCUUCUACCGCAGCUCCGACCUCAUCCAGCACCAGGCCACGCACACCGGCGAGAAGCCCUACAAGUGCCCCGAGUGCGGCAAGCGCUUCGGUCAGAACCACAACCUGCUCAAGCACCAGAAGAUCCACGCCGGGGAGAAGCCGUACCGCUGCACCGAGUGCGGCAAGAGCUUCAUCCAGAGCUCCGAACUGACGCAGCACCAGCGCACGCACACCGGCGAGAAGCCCUACGAGUGCCUGGAGUGCGGCAAGAGCUUCGGCCACAGCUCCACGCUCAUCAAGCACCAGCGCACGCACCUGCGCGAGGACCCCUUCAAGUGCCCCGUGUGCGGCAAGACCUUCACGCUGAGCGCCACGCUGCUGCGCCACCAGCGCACGCACACGGGCGAGCGGCCCUACAAGUGCCCCGAGUGCGGCAAGAGCUUCAGCGUCAGCUCCAACCUCAUCAACCACCAGCGCAUCCACCGCGGCGAGCGGCCCUACAUCUGCGCCGACUGCGGCAAGAGCUUCAUCAUGAGCUCCACCCUCAUCCGCCACCAGCGCAUCCACACGGGCGAGAAGCCCUACAAGUGCCCGGACUGCGGCAAGAGCUUCAUCCGCAGCUCGCACCUCAUCCAGCACCGCCGCACGCACACGGGCGAGAAGCCCUACAAGUGCCCCGAGUGCGGCAAGAGCUUCAGCCAGAGCUCCAACCUCAUCACGCACGUGCGCACGCACAUGGACGAGAACCUGUUCGUGUGCCCCGACUGCGGCAAGGCCUUCCUGGAGGCCCAGGAGCUGGAGCAGCACCGCGCGAUCCACGAGAGGGGCAAGACGCCCGCCCGGAGGCCGCAGGGGGACAGCCUGCUGGGGCUCGGGGACCCCGCCCUCCUCACUCCGCCGCCGGGAGCCAAACCCCACAAGUGUCUGGUCUGUGGAAAGGGCUUCAACGACGAAGGGAUCUUCAUGCAGCACCAGAGGAUCCACAUCGGGGAAAACCCCUACAAAAACGCAGACGGUCUAGCACACCCGGCCCCCAAGCCCCCCCAGUUCCGCUCCCCCCGGCUCCCCUUUGGAGGCAACUCACACCCGGGUGCUUCGGAGGGCAGAGCUGACCCCCCAGGACAGCCCUUGAAAGCCCCGGAGGCUCAGGAGGGCUUCAGCCAAAGGCUGGGUCAGCUCUCUUCCAAGCGCUAUGUUUGCUCCCACUGUGGGGAGAGCUUCCUCGACAGGGCCGUGCUCCUGCAGCACAAGCUCACGCACGCCAACGAAAAGCCCUUUCUCUUUCCCGAGGGUAGGACUGGCCUUGGCGAAGGGGCGGAAGCCAGCCCCUUCCUAAGCGGGAAGCCCUUCAAAUGCCCAGAAUGCAAAAAAAGCUUUGGCCUCAGCUCGGAGCUGCUGCAGCACCAGAAGGUCCAUGCAGGUGGGAAAUCCCAGAAGAGCUCGGAGCUGGGGAAGAGCUCCUCCGUCCUGUUGGAGCAUCUCAGGAGCCCCUUGGGGGCCAGACCCUACAGCUGCUCUGAUUGUGGGGCCUCCUUCCCGGAUCGACUAGCUCUUACACGACACCAGGAAACCCACACUCACGAAAGGUCCCCCACUCCUGAAGACCCCCCUUCAGAGUCAGCCGCCUUGUCCACGAACCAGGAAGAUGAGGUAGAGGCCUCUAGCCCCCCAAAGAGCAGCAGCCACAGGGAGGAGGAAAGCCCUAAAACUCUCUCGGAGAAAAAGCCCUAUCUGUGCCCUGAAUGUGGCGAUGGCUUCACAGAAGUUGCAGCGCUCCUCCUCCACAGGAGCUGUCACCCCGGCAUCUCCCUGUGAAGUAGGUCUGGUGACCAGGGACCUCUCUCCUGAGAAACUCUGGGGAAAGGAGACCAACCCCAUCAGACCAUAGAGAAGUAGAGGGUCAGGAACCCUGGGAAGAAAUAGUGUGUUUGCAUCAGCAAUGAAACGCCUAUGAGAUUGUGGGUGAGAAUCACUUAUAAGCCGUAGAGAAAAACUGGGUUAGAAGCCCUAUAAAUAUGUAGGAAGAAAAGCCCUUUAUGUCUGUAGCAGAGAAUCCUAUAAACCAUAGUGGGUAAAAGCCCUAUUAAGCGUAGGAAGAGGUUCUAACAUGUCUCUAGACAACCCCAUAAAACUGUAUCAAACCCUUAUCAGAAUCCUCGGGUGGGGGUGGUGUUAGGAGUACAGCUCAGCACUGACUUGUGAGGUGACCCUCAGAUGACAGAGGAAACCCCUGAAGUCUUCCUAGUAUACCCUCCUGGCAGCCGUGGACAGAGGAAAGGGCUCAGAGGGGAAGUCAUACAGGAAUGCAAUAGAACUAGGAAAAGAAAGACUGGGGAGGGACUGCCAAGCUCCUUCCAAACUCACCAAUGAGACAAAGUCUGUCUCGUGACACCGGGGGUGCUUUGGGGGUGUGAGGCCAAUCUUAGGUGAAUUGUAUGUACUAGGGGAAGACUGGGGGUCCCUUAUCAAUAAGAGCCCCCCAAGUAGGAAAGAAAAAAAAUGACAAGCCAUUUUAAAGGCUGGGGUUUGGGGUAUUAAAAAAAAAAAAAGAAGCCUCAAGUGAAAGAAUACUGAGAAAAUGGUGAGAAAGCACCUCAAAUAUUAGGGGAAAGUUACGUGUGUUCGAAGGGAAGCAAACCAAGGUGGAGAAACUGCGAAGCCAGCCAGUUUCUCCUGUUUCCGGGGGGCUUGUUAAACUCCAAGUGCAGGCAGAUCCCAGUUCACGCCGUUAGGGUUCUCCUCAGACAAGGCAGGACCAGCCUUUCCCCAGCCCAGCUGGAAGUGUCUCCUCUGAGAGGCCUCUGGGGUUGCAGGGGGCCUCUGCCACAUUCUCAGGUCUCACAGGUUUUACCUGAAAACUAACUGCCACGAGUCUUACUGCAGUGGCAACCUGUUUCCUCGGAUUCUGUCCCCAGUGGAGAGAACCACUCGCUGCUAGUCAACUUCCAAAGAAUAAAUCCCUUCAGAGAUCCAAGGCUUGUAUGUGCUUGCCCUCCCUAGACUUCUGCAAGUCCACGAGAGCCACUCGUGGGUUCUCUGGUGACGAGGGAUGGCAAGACAACAGAAUACACAGCUUUGCUCUACCAGCACAUGACCUAAACCUCAGCCUUUUGUGUGAACUCCAUGUAAGGCCGCCCGCAGGACCAGCCAGGCUGCACCCGGCGGAUGUCCUGACACAGCACAGACUGGACCACAGUCCUGAAGAGGCAACGGAAACUUGAUUUACCUUCUCCAUCCCCAGCACCUGGAGGCCUCUGAGACAGGGUGGCUGAAUGUGAUUUUGGCUUGGGGAAAGGACAGAUUCCACCUGACCCCUUUGGCCCCUCUCUCCUUAGCCAGAAACCGUUGAAGGGAAAGGGAAGGAUAAGAAACGCUCUCCCCUACCAGGCCUGAAUCCUCCUCAGACACUACAGGCAAAAGAUUUCAUUAAUCCAGCCAAGCCUGCUCACGUGACUGGAGCUGUGGGAUGGAGCAGAGACAGUUGAAGGAAAACUGUGGAGGGAAGCAUCUGUAACAAAGACCCUUAUGGAUAGGGAGGACUCUCCUCGGGGCCUGGGUUGUGGAGGGGGUGUCCUCAGCCUGGUGCAAGCAUUAGGGACACGCUGUCCAGGGUAGGCCUGAGGCGCCAAGUGAUGUGCCCGGCAGAGUGACCCGGAUGCCUACAAAGCUGUGGGAAGAGACCUCCAAUCCCGUUACCUAAAAGCUAAAAAGGUAGGGACCCCCAUCAUCAUCCUUCAUCUAUCCUGUCCCCAAAGGGAUGACCUCAGAAUUUAAAGGACCAAAAUCUAGAAUACUAGGAGAAGGAUGCCAGGCCUCCUGGGGAGAAAGAAAAGGCAGAUCUUAUGCAGUUACAGAGAGGGCCUUGCUGGAGUCCCAAGCACCAGGUAGGGGAGCACCUUUGAGACUGGGAGGAGCCUGGCUUUCUAGCGACAGAAAUGUUGAUAAGGGAGUAUCCCUCUAAAAUGGAGUAGUCACUCUCGUAAGUAUAAUUGACUUGUCCCCUUCUAAGAUGGUAGCAGAAAGUAGGGAAAAAUCCUUUGUGAAACUAGGAGCAGACUCCCUCGGACAUAGGUCUGAGUGUCAUCGAUGCUGGGGGCAGGUGGUCGUCGUAGUCAUGGCUGACUGUAGGCUAUGGAGGGCCGAGAUGUAGCAUAGGUAAUAGGAUGCUCGCAUGUUCUGAAGACAUGUGAAGGCUCUGGUCUUGACUCCAGCACUGAGGGGACCAUGUAGAUAGAUGGUGGACCGGGCUUCCCAGUAGGAUAAGGGCAGAGCAGAGACCUUGUGGUGAGACCUGUUCUCGUGGCCAUCUCCCUCUCAGGUCCAGCUACAGCAUAGGACACUCUUGCAGGGCCCAGGGUCCCUCUAGCUGGCUCAGGAAAAGGUCCACCAGAAUUAAGUCUGGAAGGCAUAAAGGAGCCAGUUCCAUUCUGGGCCUGGAGCCCUGUCAGUGCCUCUAGGGAAGAGCCUAGCAACCAUGGGCAAAGGAGUGCAAGCAAGGAGAGGGGCGGAGCUGAUCUGCACUAAAGGGACACUUAGAACUGACGUUGAAUAGAUAGGAACUCGUACAGGACCUGGGUAUGAAUCAUGAACCAGGGAGAGGACUUGAAACCAUCAUGACCCCAUCCUCCCCAGUCUGAAGUGAGUGGCUCCCAGAAGCCUUUGCCCCCACAAAGGAAGCCAAGACCUGCCCACCUGACUUGUCUCCAUGGAGUGAACGGAAGUCCUAUUUUUGAGUGUUGUGUGUCAGUAACAGUGUUGUGUCCCCAGUGGUCAUGUUGAAUAGUUGAAGAGAAUAAAGGGAGUAAGAUUUC